GUCAGCGGCGGCGGCGGCGGCGGCGGGGCCGGGCCGGGGCCGGGCGCUGGGGGGGGCCAGGGCCGGAGCCGGAGCCGGAGCCGGAGCUGGAGGCGGGCGAAACCGGAGCGGCCGGGGGCGGCCACGGUGAUGAGCCGGGCCUGGCGGACGCGGCGCCAUCGCAGUCAGAAGGAAGAGGCUGGGCAGAAGGGACUCACUGAGCCACCCCCCAGUCCGCUCCAUGCUGGCUGUGCUCUCAGGCUGGCGCCAUGCCCCCACCUGCAGAGGUGACGGACCCAUCCCAUGCCCCCGCCGUCUUGCGCCAGCUCAAUGAGCAGCGGCUCCGUGGCCUCUUCUGUGACGUCACCCUCAUAGCCGGAGACACCAAGUUCCCCGCUCACCGCAGCGUCCUGGCUGCCUCUAGUCCCUUCUUCAGAGAGGCCCUGCUAGCUUCAGCCCCACUGCCCCUCCCACCAGUUACUGGGGGCUCAGCUCCCAAUCCUGCAACCACCACAGCUGCCUCUUCUUCCUCUUCCUCCUCCUCUUCUUCCUCUUCCUCCUCUUCUUCUUCUUCUUCCUCUUCCUCCUCUUCUCCCCCUCCAGCCUCUCCCUCUGCUUUAUCCCCACCCCGGGUCCUUGAGCUUCCAGGAGUCCCAGCAGCUGCCUUCUCUGAUGUCCUCAACUUCAUCUAUAGUGCCCGGCUUGCACUCCCUGGUGGUGGAGGGGACGGGGCAGCUGUGGCAGAGAUUGGAGCUCUGGGGCGGCGUCUGGGCAUCUCCCGCCUGCAGGGCCUUGGGGAGGGAGGCGAUGCAUGGGUACCUCCCACCCCAGCCCCCAUGGCCACCUCACAGCCUGAAGAGGACAGUUUYGGGUCUGGGCCGAGGCCAGAUGGAGAAUGGGAGGGUGACAGGGCUGAUGCUCAGGCCCCUGACUCACAGCCCCCGCUGCCACGUCGGCCCCUCCCUUGCCCACGAUGUGGGAAAAGCUUCAUCCAUCCCAAGCGGCUACAGACCCAUGAGGCCCAGUGUCGACGAGGGGCCAGCACUCGGGGGUCUGCAGGGCUGGGAGCUGGGGGCUCUGGCCCUGGUGGUCCUGCAGGAGUGGAUGCCUCAGCCCUACCCCCACCAGUGGGCUUUCGAGGUGGCCCUGAGCACGUGGUGAAGGUGGUGGGUGGCCAUGUGCUGUACGUGUGCGCAGCCUGCGAGCGUUCCUACGUGACCCUGUCCAGCCUGAAGCGGCACAGCAAUGUGCAUUCGUGGCGGAGGAAGUACCCCUGCCGCUACUGUGAGAAGGUGUUUGCCCUGGCUGAGUACCGCACCAAACACGAGGUGUGGCAUACUGGGGAGCGCAGGUACCAGUGCAUCUUCUGCUGGGAGACCUUUGUCACCUAUUAUAACCUGAAGACCCACCAGCGAGCCUUCCAUGGCAUUAGCCCGGGCCUCCUAGCCAGUGAGAAGACACCCAAUGGAGGCUACAAGCCCAAGCUCAAUACCCUGAAGCUGUACCGCCUGCUCCCCAUGCGGGCAGCUAAGCGGCCCUACAAGACCUACAGCCAGGGAGCCCCCGAGGCCCCCCUUUCUCCAAGCCUCCACACACCGGCCCCUGUGGCAAUGCCAGCCAGCCCCCCACCCGGACCCCCACCUGCCCCAGAGCCUGGCCCACCACCCUCUGUCAUCACCUUUGCUCACCCAGCUCCUUCUGUCAUUGUCCAUGGGAGCAGCAGCAGUGGUGGUGCAGGGAGUGGGUCAGCCACCACAGGAGGGUCCCAGGCUGCCUCAGUAAUCACUUACACUGCUCCCCCAAGGCCCCCUAAGAAACGAGAGUACCCACCUCCUCCCCCUGAGCCCGCAGUAACACCCACCAGCCCGGCUACCACCUUGGUCAGCCCAGCCACAGCUGCAGGGCCAGCUACAGCUGCAGAGGAGGCCAAGAGCCGGAAUCCACGGGCUGGGAGGACUCUGACUUAUACAGCCAAGCCAGUGGGUGGGGUUGGUGGGGGUGGGGGUCCCCCCACAGGGCCUGGCCGGGGCCCCUCUCAGCUACAGGCUCCACCUCCACUGUGUCAGAUCACUGUGCGGAUUGGGGAAGAGGCCAUUGUCAAGCGCCGCAUAUCAGAAACUGACCUUCGUCCUGGAGAGCUGAGUGGAGAGGAGAUGGAGGAGAGCGAGGAGGAGGAUGAAGAGGAUGACGAGGACGAGGACGAGGAGGAUGAUGAGGAAUCAAAGGCUGGUGGGGAGGACCAGCUCUGGAGGCCCUACUAUUCAUACAAGCCUAAGCGCAAGGCCGGAGCUGCCAAUGGUGGUGGUGGUGGAGGUAGUGGGAUAACCAGAGGACGACGGCCACCACGCUGGAGGCAAAAGCUAGAACGGAGGGGCUGGGAGGAGAGCCCCACAGUGGAAAGCCCAGUAGGGCGUGUCCGUGGUGAGCGGAGGCACCGCUGUGGGGACUGUGCCCAGACCUUUGCCACCCUGAGGAAGCUGCGAAAGCACCAGGAGGCCCACAGUGGGGGCUCCCACAGCUCUCGGGCUGGACGGAGGCCUUCCACCCGCUUCACCUGUCCCCACUGCUCAAAGGUGUGCAAAACGGCAGCUGCCCUGAGCCGCCAUGGACAGAGGCAUGCUGCUGAGCGGCCCGGAGGCACCCCCACACCUGUCAUUGCCUAUUCUAAGGGCAGCACUGGCACCAGGCCUGGGGAUGUCAAGGAAGAGGCCCCACAGGAGAUGCAAGUGUCCUCAUCAAGUGGGGAGGCAGGUGGUGGGAAUGCUGCUGCUGAGGAAGCUUCUGAGAUGGCCUCACUCCAGGACCCUGUCAUCUCAGGGGGUGAGGAGCCCCCGGUAGCAGGAGGGGGCAGCUAUGCAUAUCCCCCUGUGCAGGAAUUUCCACUGGCUCUGAUAGGGAGUGGCCGGGAACCAAAUGGAGGCAGAGGAAAACCUGGGAGUGAGGGGCUAGUGGGUGUUUCGGAAGGGGACCGGAUAGAGGGGAUGGGGGCUGCCAAAGUCACCUUCUACCCUGAGCCCUAUCCACUUGUCUAUGGCCCCCAGCUCCUUGCUGCCUACCCUUACAACUUCAGCAACUUGGCUGCUCUCCCAGUUGCUCUCAACAUGGUCCUACCUGAUGAAAAAGGUGGGGGAGCCCUUCCUUUCCUACCAGGGGUCUUUGGCUACGCAGUGAAUCCUCAAGCAGCACCCCCUACUCCCCCAACUCCGCCUCCCCCAACUCUUCCUCCAUCAGUUCCCCCUAAGGGAGAAGGGGAAAGGGCAGGGGUUGAGAGAAACCAGAAGGGAGAUGUGGGGUGAGCUCUAGGGCCAGACCCCCCUUUCACCAGAUGCCACCCUCCCUGAACCCCCUACCACUACCAGCUCCCUGGCUUCCUUGCCCUAGGGGUCCCGCCACACUCUUGUGCAGGGACUUGGGGGCCCCUGGAGCUCAGGAGUCAGGCUGCUUUGUGUGAGAUUGUAGUUUUCCCAUCUCCUGGGAAGGGAUCUUUGGUGGUUCCCCUCUCAAUCUUCCUCCAGGGAAUGGCCCCAUGAGGGGCAGGGCCAGCUCCCAUCCCUUCUCCAGCACAUGGGGCAACUGAGCAAUAUACUUAUUUGAAUUUCUACUCAUGGCCCCCACCAGCUCUGAAUGUCUAACCUGCUCCCCUAAUUCGUAAACCUAGGGGGAAACCAUCUCUCUCACUUAAUGAUCCCCACCUCGCUCUGAAGCUUUCUCUAAGUCCUUCCCCAGAUGCUUCCUAGAACAUUCCAUUCUUUGUGGCCCAGGGCCUGGACCAGACCAUUGUGAUACCUGACUCACCUGCCUGGGAGCAUGGCUUUGGAUUCCGUUCUUCCCAAGGGUGGGUCUCUCUAUCCCUAUUUCCUCCACAUUGAGAUGCCAUGCCUUCCUUGGCUUCCAUGCCUUUGGAUCUUCCGUGCUCCUUCCCAUACUCCUAGGCUUUGGAGGUGGCCUCGCCCAAUCCAGGUCAAGGAGGUAGUGACAGGACAGCUUAACCCUCUGUUCCAUGGCUGAGUACUCUUCCAACCCAGGCCAGGGAAAUCUUGGCCCUACCUUGACCCUCAAAUCCAGUGAGCUCCAGAUUCUUCCAAGGCAAAAGAGGUGAAGCGAUCACACCUCUUCAUGUCUUUUCAUAUGGCCUCUUCUGGGCUAAAUCAGAUUUGGGGGUCAGGAGGAGAGAGCUCCAUAUGGAAUGGAGAAAGGAAUCUACUUUCCCAGUUUUUCCCCUUUCCUGAUGGUUUCUCCCAGACUAGACCAAAUAGCCAGAAAAACGAUGGGGGUUGGAUGGGUGGGUAAGCCCAAGAUUUGCACAUGACCUUCCAUCCUUACCUUUCCCCCCAUCUUCCCUAGUGUUGCUCUCACCAAUCACUCCAGAUGGUUUUGGGGGAACCAUCCUACUUUCCUGGUGGGCUUUGGGGUAUCCCCACCAACUUUCCCUACAAAAGAGCACCUUACACCCCAUCUUUGACUCAGUUCCCCACACCCAAAGAUCCCAGCCUAGGGAUGGGGUACAGGGACCUUAAAUAGUCCCUAAUCCCUAAUUUGCACUAGUUAACCCUGGUCAGGGGUCGAUAUAUUUCCUUCCAGUGGGGGAGAAGACUGAAAUGUUUGUUUCUAAAGCUCUUUGAAAACAGGGCCUCCCUGCUCUGUGAUUGGAAGAACAUUUCUCUCUCUCCCCACCUUCCCCCUCCCCCAGAAAAAAACAGCUCACAAGGGGAGAACCAGUAUGGGGAAGCAGAUUUGAUAAAUGGGAAUUAGAGGAGUGUAGUUUAAAAAUGGGGAAAAGUUGCUAUCAAGAAAGCAGCUUUUCUCUCAGCUACUGUUUUUUGGGGCCAAGAUGGCUGCCCUCUUGGCAACUGCCUAGAGGGCAAGAUCAUGGCUUUUAGAGGGAGGUGAAUCUUGAGAGCGCCAGGAUCAUCCUCCUGCCCCCUUUCCCUCCCAGCCUAUAGGAAGGGGGAGGUGUUGGACAGGCUCCCUGAAUGUUAACUGGGGAGGAGUCACUCCUUCUUUCCUCCUCUGUCUCUUUGCACUUUUCUUGGUCUUGGCCACAGUCUGAGUGAAGAAUUUCCUACUGAAUGUACCAAGUUCCAAUUUUUAACGGGGAAAACAUUUGAAACAGGGAAAAAUGCAAAAAAAAAAAAAAAAUCACUAAAAAUUCCCACAAAUCGUUUCUGGCACUUUAGAAAAACUGCAAAAAAAUACAUAAUAAAGAAUACAUAUAUAUAUCUACACACAAAUUAUAUAUAUCUAUAUAUACAGCGGAACCACAAGAGAGACUGAGGAAGGCCUGGAGGCAGGGGACAGAUGUGAUGACAGUCCCCCCUGUACCCUUCACCCACACUCCUCUGAGGCAAACAGGCACAGGAGAAUGGAAGGGGUUGAGGAUGGACCGGGGAAUUUGAAUUUCAGAAUAGGUCAAAAUUCCAAAACCCAUGGAUAUUGGAAGAAUUGCGAUUGUAAAGGUUUUUUUCUUUUUUUGAAAUGUGUAAGGAAUAGCUUACAGAAUUUGGUGGUUCUGGGCAAUGAAUGAGAUUGUGGCAAAGUGGAGAUUAAAAUAUAUGUAUUUGAGUGGGAGAAUUUGAAUAYUGAGUUUCAGAUGUUGGAAAUUAGGGAUUUUGCAAUUUUGUCAUUUGAAAAUGAUCGAGUUUUGUCAGUUUUUGCCCUCUUUCCCCAUGUUCCCUGGGAAAAAGGUGAUGAUAGAAUGGGAAGGCCACCGGUUCUGUGCCACAGCACGUAAGAUUUAGAAUUCUACAGACUCUAGCUCUAUAUGUAGUGAGGACCCAGAUUUAGAGAAACUGACCAAUAUUUAUCUCCGCAUUUGUGUGUGUGUCCAACUCUCUAGGCCAAUAAACCAACAAGACAAAUGAACUGUGCUCCACA